AUGGAGCUGGGGAACGGCACAGCAGUGUCAGAGUUUAUCUUCCUGGGCCUCACCCAGAGUCGGGGACUGCAGGGUGUCCUGUUCAUGGUAUUCCUCCUCAUUUAUACCACGACUGUGCUGGGCAACCUCCUCAUCAUGGUCACCGUGACCUGUGACCCCCGGCUCCACACCCCCAUGUACUUCCUGCUGCGCAACCUGUCUGUCUUGGAUGUCUGUUACUCCUCUGUCACACUCCCCAAGAUGCUGGUGGACUUCCUUUCUGCCUCCAAAAUCAUCUCUUACAGUGGCUGCAUGGUCCAGAUAUUCUUUUUCCACUUCCUUGGAGGGGCUGACCUGUUCUUCCUGUCGGUCAUGGCAUACGACCGCUACGUGGCCAUCUCCCGGCCCUUGCACUAUACGGCCGCCAUGAACACCCGGGUGUGUGUGGGACUGAUGGUGGCUGCCUGGGUGGGGGGCUUUGUGCACUCAUUUGUCCAGCUCGCACUGCUGCUCCCGUUGCCGUUCUGUGGCCCCAACGUCCUGGAUAACUUCUACUGCGACGUCCCCCAGGUCCUCGGGCUCGCCUGCACCGACACCUCCAUCCUGGAGUUCCUGAUGAUCUCCAACAGCGGAAUGCUCGUACUCAUAUGGUUCAUCCUCCUCCUGACGUCCUACAUGGUUAUCCUGAGGAUGCUGAGGUCCUACUCCAAGGAAGGGAGGAGGAAGGCCACCUCCACUUGCACCUCCCAUCUCAUUGUGGUCCUUGUGCAAUUCGUGCCAUGCAUCUACAUCUACGCCCGGCCCUUCACCCCAUUUCCCACUGACAAAGCCAUCUCCAUCUUUGACACGGUAAUCCCCCCGAUGCUGAACCCUGUGAUCUACUCCCUGAGGAACCAUGAGGUGAAAUCAGCUAUGAAGAGGUUAAAGAAGCGAACAUCCAUGAAACACGGGAUGUUCUGCCAGAGGAGGGAAACAUCCCCUGGAUGCAGGCAGACACCCCAGUGA